AAGCCAAACAUCAGCUCUUACGCAAAAGUCCACAACUUAGGCUAUAAACGUCUCCUCCGCGCCUAUAACAACGCGCCUACGCGCAGCGAUAAAAAGCCAACUAACUACCGGCUAAAUGACGCCCAAGAUCUUGCUCUUGAGCGCUAUCUUGACGCAAUCAAUGCUAUUGGCUUUGGUAUACACCACCGCAUGAUCGCGCAACAAGCCUACGCGUUGCUUCAAGAGUCGUACAUGGGACCAGACGAAUCACCGCCGCCACUAGGUCAUAACUGGGCGCGACGCUGGCUACAGAGGCAUCAAAAGUAC